CCGCCCGCCCGCCCGGCCCACUGGACUCCGCCAGCAUCAUCUUUCCAAUCUUUCCAGCUUUAUGCUGCUUUUGGGGAUUUCAAAACAAUAUGACUUGGACGCAAAAAUUCCUUCUUUCGCCCAACGACGAGCUAUGAUGUAAUAUGAGCAAUCAAAGAUGAAGCAUGAGGCUUCUCCAGAAAUGCCCCGAUUUGGCUAGAACAAAACCAGUAUACGACCUUCAUGUUCUGGAGGUUCGCCAUAUGGGGAUAAUUGUUUGCAGGAAUCACAGCCACAUGGACAGCCUGCAAGAUCGGCAGCUGCUUGAAAUAACCAGAGGCAUAUUCAACCGGUUCAAGAAACACUUUUAACCAGCUCGCCAGGCUCGACUAAAUUCCUCCCAGCUGAUGCGAUCUCUGCGUUGCGGUUAUUCUGUCAGGAACACAUGAAAUAGACGUUCACUGCUAUGUCCAUUAUAACUAGGCUCCUCACGAAUCCGCCCUCCCAAUUUAACCUUGGGUGGUCAUUAAUUGCGAUAUCUAUACUAUUGUUGAUGAUCCCGAACGUGUGUUGUUCAAUGUAUCGCGUCAUCAACUCUCCCUUCCCCGGACCGAAAUUAGCCAAGUUCACCCAAUGGUGGUUCAGAUGGCAUGAAUUGCGAGACGGGAUUCUGAACGCGACUCACCGUGCCCAUCGAAACUAUGGUCCAAUUGUUCAGCUUUCCCCGAAAAUGGUCUCCUUCUGCCAUCCAGAUGCCAUAAAGGAUAUUUACACCGGACCCCGGGGGGGACUGGACACCACUGAUCUUGUUUGGUUUUUUGAGCGGUAUGGCUCGUCAAACGUAGUAAGCACCGUUGACGCAGAAUUACAUUUACUUCGCAGGAAAAAUGUGGCUGGCUUAUAUUCGAGCCCGGCUGCUGCAUCACCAGCUUUCCAGGCCCACAUCAGAACGACUAUUGACACAUUCAUGAAUGAGAUUAAAGUGGGAGCAAGUCCAGGCCAGCCAUCUUCCUGGACUGUUGAUAUGUUUCCUAUGAUGAGGUGGUUAACUGCUGAUAUUAUGAUUGGGUUGACGUACGGACCUGAAAGAUCACUCAAUCUACUGACCAACUCCGACUCAAGAGCUCAGAUGAACGAACUCCUAACCCCAACAUUGGAACUAGUAGCCAGCCCGUUGGCAGCUGUUUUCCAAUGGCUUCCCCUCCCCAUCAUGAAACUCUUAUCGCCGUUGCUCAACCAAGGACCAAACCUGGCCAAAUUCGGCAUGAUUUUGGUGCAAGAAUCCCUCAAGGCCCUGCUGCCUCCACAAUCGAAUGACGAUGAAGGGAAGGCAAAUACCCACCUCCAACAUCUCCUUCGCCUUUUCAAAAAGAAUGGCCCCAGCCCAGCCAUUCCGAACAUCAAUUACAUUGCCAGCGAUACUUUGGAUCACUUCUCAGGUGGCACCACCACAACCGCCGAUUUCCUCUCCGCACUACUCUAUCACCUUUCCCUCCCAGAAAACAAACACCACCAAGACAAACUUCGCCAGGAACUCCAGGCCUUCACCAGUGGAACCUCCCCUACUGCAUCUACGGAACACAUCCCCCUAUCACAGCUACAAACCCUCCCAUACCUAAAUGGGAUUUUACGGGAGACACUGCGCAUCAGCCCGCCAAUCCCCUUCAGUCUCCCAAGGCUAGUGAAAACUAAGGACCAGGACGUUUCCGUCUUGGGUAUGAAGAUAGAUCCAGGGACCAUAAUCUCCAUCCAACCAUACACGCUCCAUCGGGACCCAGAGACAUUUCCCAACCCAGACGUCUGGGAGCCUGAACGCUGGCAAGUGCCCAUUACGUCCCCAGCGCACCGCCAGAUGCAGCGAAUGCUUAUCCCGUUUGGCUAUGGACAGCGGAUGUGUACGGGAAUGAGCGUCGCGUGGGCUAUUAUGCGCCAGGUAACGGCCAGGAUAUAUCUGGAAUAUGAAACAUCAUUAGAUGAGGGCGUAUGGUUUGAGGAGGAGAGUGUCCUGGCUUCCAAGGGGGGAAUAGGGAUACAGGAGAGACAGAGGAAGAAGAACAACAAGAAGAAGAAUUUGUUUCCUGACGGAAAUAUGCAGCCCAUCGUGUUUAGCAGAGUGUAACAGGGGAAAGAGGAUCUUCGGCCAAUCUUUCAUUAAUCCUCUCAUCUGAUAGGGCGAAAGGAUAUAAUGGGAAUCAAGGAAACGUUCGACUGGAUCAUAAAGGAAGGGGUUUGAAGAAGUAGUGAACAACUAACAGCCCGGCCUAAUCAUUUACAUAUUUUUGGCAUCUCCUCUCAAUCCCACUUAAAGGGCAAUAUUAAAGUAUAUACUGUAUUAUACAACUCCUAUAGAGAUAGAUGAAAUCUUCAUCAAUGAUACAACCACAGAAUGCACAUUUACCAUUCAUAAAAUGGAAGAUGGAGCCUAUCAUAGGGUUUCCACAACCCGUCGUCAGCCUCAGAUUUCAUUUCCCAAGACAUGGUCAAUUGAUUAUAUAUUUU